ACGAAGACGGAGUGCUAUGAGAGCUACGUGCUCAUGCUUUCUUCACGAAGAAACAUGUAUGUUGUUCUUAAUGGCAGUUCCGUACAAUAAAUCAGUUCAUUUCCGAACUGUACUCUUUUCGUAGAAGCCAAUUCGAGUAAAACACUUGACUUUUUGUGUACUAUGUUUAAGAGGAUGGCUGAAUUUGGUCCAGAUUCGGGGGGUCGAGUGAAGGGAGUGACUAUCGUGAAACCCAUAGUGUUUGGAAACGUCGCACGCUAUUUUGGAAAGAAAAGAGAAGACGAUGGUCACACUCAUCAGUGGACAGUUUAUGUGAAGCCUUACAGAAAUGAGGAUAUGUCUGCUUAUGUCAAAAAAAUACAAUUCAAACUGCAUGAAAGUUACGGGAACCCUUUAAGAGUGGUUACGAAGCCUCCAUAUGAGAUUACUGAGACUGGAUGGGGAGAGUUUGAGAUCAUCAUAAAGAUCUUUUUCAUCGAUCCAAAUGAGAGACCGGUCACACUGUAUCACCUGCUGAAGCUCUUCCAGUCAGACUCCAGUGCCAUGCCGAAGAAGACCGUUGUGUCCGAGUUCUACGAUGAGAUGAUAUUUCAAGACCCUACAGCCAUGAUGCAACAGCUCCUGAACACCACCAGACAGCUGACUUUGGGGGCCUACAAACACGAGACAGAGUUUGCAGAGCUGGAGGUACGAACACGAGAAAAAGUGGAAGCGGCGAAGAAGAAGACAAGCCUGGAGAUUGCAGAGCUGAAGGAGCGACUGAAAGCCUCCAGAGAAAACAUCAACUUCCUGAAAGGAGAGAUACGCAGACUGGAAGAGGAGGACCAGAUGAAGGACCACUGAGGACUUCAGCAUCAUCACACAGCUGUGAACACUUACUGGGACUGAUCACUUCACAUUUCAGUAGAGAACAACUAUGUGUUGUGCAGUUUUAUGUCCAGAUCAGCAAAAUGUGUGAAAAUAUGAGACUACCUUUUGAGCUUCUGUAGUUAUCACAGACAUGUUUUGUAUAAAUAAACCUUUUUUUGUUGUUGUUGUUUUUUUACAAAUACAAAUAUUGUCUGAU